AGAACGCAUCCUUCCCCAAGCAAAAGGAUAUCCUUUUUUCUGUACUCCGAAGUCUUACGGCUUUCGUUAGAAAAGUACUUAGACCUUGCAGUCAAACUCCUUUGCAUCAUGAAGCUUGUCCGAUUUCUUAUGAAAUGCGCCAAUGAAACGGUCACAAUCGAACUAAAGAAUGGCACAAUACUACAUGGAACGAUUGCGUCUGUUUCUCCACAAAUGAACACUGCCCUCCGCACGGUAAAGAUGACGCCCAAAGGCCGCGAGCCGAUAUCCCUCGACACAAUCAACAUCCGCGGUUCUACGAUUCGAUAUUUCAUUCUUCCAGAUAGUCUACCGUUGGAUACCCUCCUUAUAGAUGAUACUCCGAAACCCAAGAAUAAAGCGAAGAAAGAAACGGAUCGUGGACGUGGACGAGGCGGUCCGAGAGGUAGGGGUGGCAGAGGGAGAGGGCGCGGCAGGGGUCGUGGUUUCUAAACCGUGGAUGGGGGUCAAUAUUUUAUAAUCGGCGUGUUUAUUCGUUUCCGUUUUUAAUUUGCGAUUGGUGAAAGGAACAUUUUUUGAGUCUGGAGACAUGAAUUGUGGGCAAGAUCGCACGCCCAUUUUUAUAAGUGCAAAAGUGCAAUUACUUUUGAAUCCGGGUUUACUCUUGAACGGCUAUAUGGAGGUGGUUUGCUCUGCAGUUGCAAGUCGCGGUUUUCUGGCGUGUCUCGUGGGUGUUUGAGCGGCUAGGGAAUGGGGUUACCGUGUACUGCCAGCGGGAGGUGCCAAUUCAGUCGCCGGAAGCGCUGAUUGAAGUCGGAGGGACGAAAUCGAACGUAGCACUGGUCCGCAGCUUCGCAUUGCAUGGCCGUUGCAAUCUCACAGCUAUGUCUAAGCUUGAGACGAUAUCGCAAGGGAGCCCGUGCGAUGCUCCACUAUAAUACCAAUUCAAGAAGCUGUCUCCCUCC